AUGGCAGCCUCAAAAAUCUCAUUGGUUGGAACCGCGCAUCGUCAAUCAUCACAGGUUUUGCUGGCAACAGCAGUUGUAAUAGUUGAAGAUGAUUGUGGUAAUCAAUUCCCUGCGCGCGCUCUACUUGACUCGGGGUCAGAGAGUAAUUUUAUAGCAGAGCGUUUAAGUCAACGUCUCAGGGUGGAACGAGAUAAGGUGGAUAUCUCGAUAUUAGGAAUUGGUCAGCGAACUAGUAAAGUGAAGCAGCGAAUAAAGGCUACUGUGCUGUCACGAGUUUCGGAUUUCUCCCGAACAAUGAGUUUCUUGGUACUUCCCAAGGUGACAGUAAACUUACCAACUGUAACUAUAAACAGUAUUGGGUGGCCAAUUCCUAAAGGGAUUGAGUUGGCAGAUCCGACCUUUAUGGUAUCUCAAGUAAUUGACAUCGUGUUAGGAAUCGAAUCGUUUUUUGAGUAUUUCGAGACCGGUCAAAAAAUUACUCUGGGAGAGCGUCUACCAUCACUCAAUGAAUCUGUGUUUGGAUGGGUUGUCUGCGGUGGUUCGUCGUUGCCUGAACAGACUUCAAAUAUUGUUUGCAAUGUUUCUUCCACGCAAAGGUUAGAGGAUUUGCUGACACGGUUUUGGAGCUGCGAAGAACUGGAAUCCAGUAGAAAUUACUCACCAGAAGAAGCGCGGUGUGAGCAGUUAUUUAAAACCUCUGUUCAACGCGAAGCAGAUGGUCGCUAUACAGUUUCGUUACCAAAGAAGGAUGGUGGAUUGAAGCUACUAAAUGAUUCUCGGGACAUCGCUCUCAGACGUCUCCAAGGCACGGAGCGUAGAUUGGAAAGGGAUGCUACGUUACGGCAACAAUACGAAGCGUUCAUGAGCGAAUACCUUGAAUUAGGUCAUAUGCAGAAGGUCGAUACUUCAGUCCGAGAAACGGUUAAAAGGUGCUAUCUGCCGCACCAUCCGGUACUAAAGGAGGCUAGUACCACCACAAAGGUCAGGGUCGUAUUCGACGCUUCUUGCAAAACGGCUUCAGGAGUGGCAGUAAACGAUGUGUUACUGGUAGGUCCAGUAAUACAAGAGGAUCUUAGGUCGAUCGAGACAAAUAAUGAUGGUUGCUGA